UACCUUCACCCAAAUUGGAAGCAGAUACCAGAUGUUUUUCCUUUGCUUGCAGCUGCACAUAAGACACUUGUAGCCAAGUCCCUAGAGUCGCUGACAACGCAUACUCUUCAUUCUGAGCUUGUUUACAAUUACUCAGGAUCCAAGCAUAUCGCAGAAUCGUUGAAAAGAUGUGGCAUAUCUGAAAGCUCGACUUAUGUUCUUGCCGCUCGUUUUAAUGCUUCUUCUGAUGAGAUUGAACAAAAAGCAGUAGAGAAACUAAUCAAUGGAAAAGAGAUUGACUUGGAGGAGUUGGGAGGUAGAGCAGAACAAGCCCAAAUACAAAAGCACUAUAAGAUAACUAGCGUGGAACUAGGGAUAUCUUCUCUUGCCGAUGCCAUUACUUGCCGAAUUGCCUCUCGUGAUGCCUUGUGAGAAGAAUGAGGUUCAUGUUCUGGGAAUUUAGAGCUUCAUUUGAAGGUGGCCAAGGAAACAGAAAACCUGUAGCUUACUAUUCUUGUUUUAGCAAUUUCAACUGUCCGGUGUAAUAUGUAAGUAUACUUGUAGGCAAAGGUGAAAUUUGGAAAACGUGAUUAUGCUACC